GCCCAGCCCAACUGCACUGGAACGCGUUCUAGAUCAAGAGUCCAAGGUGAGCACACCACCUCCCCAAUCCCCAUCUCAGCCUUUCCUCUAAUCAAAGGCGUCCUUUUUUUUCCUCUCACGAAUUUUAUCAUCGGGAAUUCCAUCCACAAGCUCUGGGGAUGGCAGCAGAGAAUGACGUUGACUUAUCAACGUUGAAGUCUCAGCUGAACCUAGCACAGGAAGUGUGGAAACAAGAGGUGGAACGAGGCCAGUCCCAAGUGGAGGCCUUGCAAGCAAAACUUAUGCAGGUGAAGGCUUGUAUACAGGGGUCUGAGGAAGAUGCGAAGCAGGAGUUAGAGGUUCUUUGGCGGAGAGUUAAAACUACUGCAACAUUGUUAACCUAUUUGAAAUCAAAGGCUAGAAUCAUUGCUGUUCCGCAGCUAGCCCAUAUGUCAUGUGGCAUUGAACGAUUAGAAGGGGUAGGGUUCAUUGAUAAGAAUGGUACACCAUUGUCUGGCUGGUCUAGGAACAUUGAUCUUUCUUCGUAUGAUGGUCCAGAAAAAGAAACAUGGCUUGGAAUUAGUAGGCAAAAUGGUUUGCUGGAUGAAAAAGAUGCUGCCUAUACUGGUGAAGUACUCAAGUCUGUGCAGAUGGUUACAGAUGUAAUGGAAGCUCUUAUUAAAAGGGCCAUAAUUGCAGAAUCUGAAACUGCAAUUGAGAAGGAGAAGGUAACUUUAGGUCAGGAAGAAAUUAAAAAGAAGUCAAUUCAAAUCGAGAACAUGUAUUUGAAGUUAGAGGAGAUGGAACAUUUUGCUCUGGGUACAAACAGCAUACUAAAUGAAAUGCGGCAGAGAGUUGAGGAUUUGGUUGAAGAAACAUCUAGACAAAGGGAGCGAGCUACAGAAAAUGAACAGGAGCUUUGUCGUGUUAAGCGGGACUUUGAGUCUUUGAAAUCAUAUGUUAGCAGCCUCAUUACUGUAAGAGAAACACUUCUUUCAUCGGAGAAGCAGUUUCAAACUAUUGAAAGGCUUUUUGAACGGCUAGUUGCAAAGACAACACAGUUAGAGGGUGAGAAGAUCCAGAAAGAGGCUCAAGUUCAGAAACUUAUGCAAGAGAAUGUGAGGUUGAGUGCUCUUCUUGACCAAAAAGAGGCCCAACUUUUGGCCAUGACUGAACAGUGCAAGAUAAUGGCCUUGAGUUCUUCAAAAAUCUAAUUUUUUUUUUUUUUUCUCUUGCCCUUGUUCAUCUGCCUGCUGGAUUUCUUUGCAAAGGUGGUUGCUUCAUUCGCAGCUGCUGAUCUACCGGCGAGGACCUUUGCAAUGUGAACAGCACUGGGUUAGGUUUUCGUCUGGGAUCCUUUCUUCAAUAUUUUGCAUUGUGAACUUAUAUCCAAUGCUCUAGUUUUUAUUUUUUGGUGCUGUGCACUUGUGUUGAACUGAAUCCAGAAAGUAAUUUCAUUUGGAAAUCAAAGUUGGUGUUGCAUUGAUGAUGUAGGCAA